AGUUAAAGCUGUCAACUCAGUUAAGCGCCUAGUUAUUGCAAACACUUGUAGCUGCAAUUACACUAAGGAUUACAACGAUGUUGCCAUCUGUUAAGAUUCCAUAUCAGUUAAGUUUUAUCAAAAACUUUCAGUUAAUCGCAAAUUGAAACGCCUCGCGGUAGCCAAUCUAUCAAUGAGGCUCAACUGAUCGCGGUUCGUUAUAACGUGAUAUAGCUCGCACGCGAUUGGCUGUCGGUGACGUGAUAGCUAUUUAUACUCCUGGUCCGAGUGUGCGCAAAGAAGUUCCUGCGCAUGUGUGCGUGUGGUACACGCGGUAUCGACGUGUGCGUGUGUUGUCGAGGCGCGCACUCUGUUUACAGCGCGGCGGUGUGGCCGGCAAGCGCACGCAUCCGACUCGUUUAUAUCGCGCGGUACCGAUUUCCCUGACGGCUUCCGAGCUGCAUCAGCAUAUCUGGUGUUUUCCUCACUACUCACCAAUCGUCACAAGUGACAGACAUACCGAAAACCGUCAGUCGGCUAACGUACAUCGCGUACCAUAGAGAAGUUUCAGCGCGGCUCAUAAAAAUUCGGUGUUUUCGACGGAUGCGAUGAAUAAAUUUUGCAAAUCGAGUUUGUGUGUCGAAAAGGUCCGUGAGAGCAAUGUUUUGAUCGGCCGGCUGGAAGUGGAAGUGCCGGGUUGUGUGGACGCGAUACGAUUCGCGAUUAUCUUGAUCUGUGUGAAAUUAAGGUUUUUUCGGGAGGUGCUCGACCGAGUCUUCCACAAGGAGGCGGCCUGGAGUCCAGCCACGGCGUCUCCGGUCAGCCCCGCGCUUAGCACGUGCUAAGGUCUAAUUACAAAAGUUACCCGUGAAGACUUCUGUUAGAGGAGACUUUCAAGUGCCAUUCGUACCCAGUUUACCAGACAGUGAUUUAGUGAUAGUGUUUACCCGUGAUAUUUAGACUUAGUCUAAAGUGUUAGUACCAAUAAUUUUGUUUGAAAAGUUACCAAAAUAAAAUAAAAUAAAAAAACAACAAAACUGGCUCCUUACAAGGAUAUAAUGAACGCAACGAGCAUGAGCUCUACUAUACCGACAAUUAAAUGUGAGGAUACAUCGCCAUCGCCGGUUGCUUUAGGAUCUGACGGAGAAAGUGGAACGUACAAUUUGAGUGUUAAUGUGAAUCUAAGUGCUGCUAUGAUAAACAUGCUGACCGCCGAGGGAACAAAUACUACGCUUCGUACGCCGGAGAUUGUAAACGAUGUCAUCACCAUGACAAACCCCCUGGACCAGUAUAAUUACGAAAAGAAUUCCAGUUUCAAGAACGGAAGCGGAAAUGACUCCAACUCUUCGAUGUCUAAUGGCUCGUCGGCCACAUCACCGUCUUCAAGCACUCCGCCCAGCAUACAGAAGACGUGCUCGGAACUUAUCAAGGCUGGCCUGAAACUGUCCAUUGAAUCGAAACGCAAAAUGUCCGGUAGCGAUACAGACGUCAGCGUGAAACGACUCAAAAAGGAAGAAAGCGAUGAAGAUUACGAUAGCAGUCACACGCAACAAGCCAAAAAUGAAGGGAACAACAGGACGACCGAUAGCCAUCAGGAACUGUGUGAUCUACUUGACUCAAUGUAUACGGGAAAGCUAACACCGGAAGACGAAGAACGGAGGCGGCGUAGAAGAGAACGGAAUAAAAUCGCGGCUACAAAGUGCAGAAUGAAGAAACGGGAGAGAACCGUCAACUUGGUCACGGAGAGCGAGGUCCUCGAAAACCAGAAUAUUGAUCUCAAAGCACAACUGAAGGAUUUGGAAGUUCAGAAGCGGCAGUUGAUUGACAUGCUGUCGCUGCACGCCGCAUCGUGUGUCAAGAACAAUUCAACAACGAGGCAAUCGCCUACAAUGCAGUACAACAUGAUUCGUUCUUACGAUUCUCCAUCAACAUUCCCCUCUUCGUUUGAAGCACACUCGCCAUACAUCCGACCCGAGUCCGCGAACAUACUCGCAUCAAGUUACACUUGCGCUACGCCGAUAGGUGAUUCUUCGGUGGACACGAUUUCAUCGCUGGACUCUAUUUACCCGGCGCAGCAGUUGAUUGAACAAGAAUACAACAGGCCCGACAGCGUCCUUAGCCUAACUCCAACCUCGGAUCCCAAUUUCGUGACCACAGACGGGUUCCUGCCCAAAGCCACGAACCUCCUCAUUCCGAUUGACGCAGAGCAGGAAUACUACGAUCCUGAUGUGAAUUAUAACUUGGCGAGCAAUCAACAGUGCCAUACUUAUCCCGGAUCGGCUGCAGAUGCACAGACUAAAAUCAACAACGGCCUGAACGAUGGGUGUCUCGUUUAGUUUCGGACACAUCCGUCGAUCACAGUUCAUUUUUGUCGGGUCCAAAAUUUCUUUCGACACGUAUACGUAUAUUUUAAGCUUUGGAUAUAAAAUUCGAAAUAGAGUAUCACCGUUUAAUUGUAAUUCGCCUUGUCUUCUUUUAUAUACUAAAAAGUGUCGCACGAAAAAUCACAUAAUCUGGUAGUGACGUGAAUUGAUCGUAAAAUUUAUAUUUACCAUUCAUCAGUGUGUCAUGUGCCGUAAAUAAGUCAUAAUAGACGUUCUAUUACAUAGUUCAUUAAAAUUGUUGUCAAUAAAACCGUUUUAUCUCGUAAAUAACAAAAACAUAAAAGUUAAAUGGACGGAGAAUUUAUUUCGAAACGCAUUCGUAUGUCUACUGUGUAGAGCAACAAUGUAGAGUUAGUGUGAUGCCUGUUAUAACUGCGAUUUUUUUGUCGUAAGAAAUAAGAUGUUUUUGUGUAAAAUUCAAGGUGCUUCUAAUUUCAACACUAAAGCAUUGAAAUGAGAUUUGUUUAUUGUUAAAAAGCGUUGUGAGAAGUCACAUUUACUGUCUUAUAACAUUCAGAUGUGAACUGUGAAACAGUUCUUUAGGUAGGUCCAUUAAAAUAUAUUAUUUAGAUGUUAAAACCUAACAAUUACCAUGUUUGUUUUAAUUUCUUUCAAGUUCUAUAAUUUUGCUUUGAUUCGUUUUAAAAUGUUUGGUUUUUGAAAGAUCUGAUUAUUUUUGUAUGGUGCAAUUUAGUGUACGAGUAGUUGGUGUUUUUUUUUUAUCACUACCGAUUUAUGGAAUAUUAAAUUUACUGCCUUCUAUUGAAAUCUUAGACGCAUAACGUAGUUCUAGUCUAAGGAAAAUAAAGAAAAAAGAAACGCCCAAAUCAAGGAAUACAUUUAUAAAAAUAGCAUCACAUAAAUAUUGUAUAUACAUAGUUUAAAUGUUUAGUACAAAAACAUUUUGAAUACCUCCUGUUAAGAUUCCAAAUCGUAAUAGUUUUGUUACAGAUUCAUAUUAUUUUAUAUUUUAUAAUUCCAGAAUAUAAAUUCGUUAUUGCAUGUAAGAUAGUUUAUAGAUUAAGGUGCUUUAACUCAGGAUAAAUCGUGAUAUAAUAUUUGUUUUAAGCAUUAUAAUGUUGAUUACUAAUUUAUAGAGGCGGUAUCCAUUAUUACUUUUAAGAUUCCAUAUUUUAAUAAACUCGAUUAUGAAUUAUUGAAACAAUUGUUAUUCUUAUACAUCGUGAAUGUGAAAGAAAGAAAGGACUGAAUUUAAUGGCCUUCAUACAUAUAUGUACAGUUGAUACUUAUAUAGUUUUUCGAGCUUGCGAUGUGCAGUAUCGAAUUAUCCCGCAAAACAUUGUAAAAUUUAUAUUUUGUUAUGAAAGAUAAUACGUUUACGUGUUACUUGUUUAACGAUUUAACCCAAAAGAUAGCAAUCUAAUAUAAAGUCGUAGACGUAAUAAUAAGGGUUUGUACGUUGUCUUCCUCGGGCAGAUAAUAAAACGAACAAAAAUGAGUAAGACGAAAAGUCAGUUAAAAAAAAAUGAGAAUUCAGGAUUCGAUCCCUGAAACGUGCCUUUGCAACCAGUGAUCCUAGUCCAUGCGGCCUUACCAUCGUAGCGUACGGUCAGUCGCGUUAGCAUUUAUUUUUGUACUGUUGGUCUUGUUGUUGUGAUAAAAAUACAUUAUUUAUUAACGCAGAGCACAAUAACUUUGUUAUUUCUUGUACAACAAGAUUGCAGAGUCUCCCAUGUUUAUGUAACAUGAAUCCAUACAUAAUAAGGACAUUUGUUGACGCUUUUAAGACAUAGUUCUACCGAAAAUUUGGCGCUGAUAUAUUAUGUUAUCGGAUUUAAAUUUUGACUUGUAUAAAUCACCAUGCCUGUAAUUCAGACAUAUAUUAAGACAUCAACCUAAGAUAGCCUUUUUCUUUCAAAAAUCGACACGAUAACGAUUAAUAGGCAUAUAGUCUCAUCACGUAGUAUGAAGUGUCUUAAGAUAUUAGACAUUUUUUUCGUAAAUUGUCAUUGGAUUAUCGUGUCGGUAUUAUCGUUCUACACUUCUGUAGUUGUACUGUUUUGUCGGUCUAUGUUGCAAACUUGUAAGGGACUGAUUUGUCUAUGUCCAUUGAAAUUUCUAGAAGUUAUUAGCUUUUGUUGUUUGAUUGUACCGUCGUAGUAAUCUUAUGUUUAAGAUUAACUUUAGAAGGUAUAGUUUCGGAAUAUGAAGAAUGGUUACUUUGUUUUUUAAUCCAUCACUAUUGUUCGUAACUUGAAAUCAAUGUGUUAUUUUUCCUAAUUUCAUUACUGUUAAAGACUUAUUGAAUGAAAUAUGUGUUUCAUAUGAAUGUCGAUCACAAGUUCCCUGUAUUUUUAAUUUUCCUAUUUUUUGAGGAAUUUCAUAAAUACAUUAUAAUUUGGUUGUAAGAAGUAAAGAUUUAGUAUUAUCCACCAUUUAUUUAACGAUUGUUAUUAAAUAGUUAAGAUUUUACCAUUCUGUAUCUAUAAUCUUCAACUUAUAUUACGUUGUUAAGUCUUUUUAUUACUACGCUGUACUAACUACGCUUUGAUUUUUAUAAAUUUAGGUAACUACGAAAUUUUUUUGAAAUGUUAUGUCACAAAGUGAUUUCUGUAUUAACUUAUUCGGCUGUCUGUUAUUGGUAUAAACGUUAAAUUUCAUAAAAUGUUGGAAGAUAGUUUACGUAAGUGUUGUAAACAUUAUUUGUACCUGCUUCUUGAAUACUUACCUAAUUAUAUAGAUAUUUUGACAGUCAAAGCAAAAUUAUUGUGCUUAUAUAUCGAGAAUAAAUCAUAUUAUUCCAUA